AUGGUCGCCUGGAGAGCCGCUGGACUCAACUACGUCCGUUUCUCGCAAAUUGCCGCCGAGAUUACCCGCAAGUGUGCCAAGGCUGCCCCAGGAAAGGCUGCUGUCAAGAAGCCAGAAGCCACUCUCAAGAUCAACUUGUGGGAGAACGGAAAGCAACAGAAGUAG